AUGAACGCUUACGUUGAUAGGGCCUAUCAGGCCUGUUCUACCUGCUGGGAGAGCCGAAAGCACGAGCUGAUUGCUAGCAGUGCUAAUCCAAGGUCUACACCUACAGUCCGUUUGGAGAUAGUCUACUCUGACUUUGCUCAUCCUCCUACGUCAUGUGGAAAGCCCAGUCGUAAGGAAUUGACGAGCUUUGUCAUCUUCGUCUGUGCAGCCUCUGGAUUCACAGUCGCGGUGCCUACCUGUGGUGAGGAUGCUCUAUCUCUCUCUAUGGCAUUCAUUACCUCAUGGGUUCCCAUUUGUGGUGUACCUCGAUGUCUAUUCACAGAUGGAGGUCCCGCAUAUAGGGCACGUUUAACCGAGCUGCUAACCUCAGCUUUAGGUAUAAACCAUUCCUUCUCUCUACCGGCUAACCCUCAGUCUAAUGGAUUGAGUGAGAGAACAGUGGGACGCCUGAAGUCAUUGAUGGAGAAACUACCAGCUUCGUUGCCGUGGGAUUGUGCCCUACACCUCAGUUGUUACUAUCACAACCACUGUGGUCCGUCACCUACCCCUUCUGACUGUGCACUCGGUCUGUCUCGUGGUCCGAUCCGCUUAUUUACCGAUGAGAUCGAGGAGUAUCCCCAUGAGUCUAUCGAAGAGCUAUGUCAAUCUUACCUCGAUGAGAAGGGCUACCUUCGGUUCGAACGAGCAUGCGCUAAUGCUAAUAUUCUACAAACCUCUGGUGCUACUGAGCUACUAAAACCAGGUACCAAAAUUACGUGGAAGAAGAAUUUGGAGAUUCGUGAAGCCGUCGUAUGUACUCCUCCUUCUGGUUUACAACCGUCCGGUUAUGACUCUGACUCCCCUCAAUUACAUGGUUACGCUUAUCUAGAUCCCAACUUCCGUACUUGCUGGAUAAAGUAUCUAGACAACGACAACGAGGAGGUGAAGAGAGUCCCUAUAUCUCAGAUAUCACUGAGACGGGAAGAUAUCAACUUCGAUGAUCAACCACUACACUCGUUACCAGGGUCUAUUGGUGGUCUCCGUAAGGAUGAGUUCAUCGUGGUGAAUGUCGGUGCUGAUCCAGCUUCAUCGAUCUAUGUACUGGCAAAAAUUCUGGCUGUUGGCCCUACCUGGGUUGACAUUAUUGUUCAUGACCUUUGUUCGGUUUACUUCUGGAGCGGGUUUUUCUCCGGAUAG